AACUUUUGUUUUUCAUGUGAGAGGUGGAGAUUGUGAACACCAGAUGCUUAUUAUGCUCUUGAUACCACUUUUCAUAACACCUAUUUAUAGAUGUCAGUAUUUUAUGCUUUGGAAACAUUUGGAUUAAGAUUAUUAAUCAUUAUGAUUCGGGCACCACGAUGAAACUAACCUGCUUUCUUUUAUUCUAGUUUCUUAUACAAUGUUAAUCUGUUUGUGUGAUGGUAGGCUUUAAAAUAUAAUGUUUCGGCGGUGUCUAUUAAGUUUAUAUAUAGAUAGGCAGGAGAUGAUGCCAAUCUUCCCAUAUGCAGGUAGUAGGAUGACUCAGAACUUUUAAGUUACCUUUUUUCCUUUUAUGGGUCAUAAUAGUGACCUCUGGAGCGUCACAGACUGUAUGGUAUUGGUUUGGUUAUGGGAUUCUCAAUGUGGAUUAGUUGGCCUAAUCAACAAUGUAAAAUGUAUUAAAUGGCCUCUCAAGGUGCAUAAUAUUCCUCCAACUGCCCAAGCAACUACUUCCAAGUUUCAAUGCAUGAAUGAUGCUGGCUAGGAUCAUAUUUUGCGCUGCAGUCCUUUUGGCAACACUCGCUGUGAUUCUUCUGGCUUUGGUUUCUCCAGUACCCGAAAGAAAGCCGUUACAGCCUUGGCUGGACCUUUCCUUGUACAUCCAGCAGCCACACAUUGCAAGCUCCAAUGCGCAUCAAUCGGUGGCACAAUCAGACCCCGGGGCAUUCAUCUUCCACCGCAAGCUCACGGAGGGACCCGAGAACACCUCUCGGGUAGUCGGAAAAGCCCAAGGUUUCAUUAUCCCUAUGGAAGACUUUGCACAAUCAGCAUUCAAUAUUAUCUACUUAACCUUUCACACGCCUGAGUAUUCCGGCAGCCUUAGCGUUCAGGCCAAGCAUGUUUCCCGCAAAGACACAGAAGAGCUCACUGUGAUGGGUGGAACAGGAUCAUUUGCUUUUGCUCGGGGACUGGCUGUCUUUGCUCAGACGGAUCAGCAAUCGUCGGGUGUCGAAUCCACUUAUCAUGUAAAGCUGCAGCUUAGAUUUCCCAAUCAGUCUCGGACUACGGUAGGCUGAUGAACCUGUUUUGAUUGAAUUUAUUGCUUAUAUGAAUCGGCCUAUAGAUAAUUAGAUGUCGACUUGGAGCUAAUUGCGAUAAGCCCUUCUGAUUAUUGAUAUAUUGAAGCCAUCUAUCGGAUUUGUAGCAAUCGAAAUUCUUACAGGUUUAAAAUAAGAGAAGCAAGCUGUUGAUGAUAGUAA